AUGGGCAAGGCUGCGGCUGGCAAUCAGGCGGACAUGAAAGGCGGUGCUGGUGGUGGUGGUGGUGGUGGAAAGGGUCGCUCGCCAACACCGACACCCAAUCGUGGCAAUGGAGCUGUCGGGGGUGGCGCCUCGAAUGCAGCAACAGCAACAACGGCAACGGGCAGAAGCGUCAGAUCGACAUUGCAGGCGAGCAAAACAAUAUUGAAAACAGUGUCGGUCUUCCUUGCCAGCGGCAAACGUAAUUCGAACAACCAGGCGAAGGCCUCUGCGGCGGCCCGGGAGAAAAGACGUCAGUUGCGGCAAAGGAAAAUGGACGAGCUGAGUGGGAAAAUUAAUCCCAAGCUCUUGGAAAAUCUGCGCAAAAAGACGCGCUUCAGCAAGGACGAGCUGGACGCUCUAUGUCGUAUCUAUCGCAAGUUGGUGUCCAAUUGCCAGUAUGCGGCCAAGACCCUCUCCUCCAGCUCCUCUAGUGCGGCCAUUGUAAAGCCGCAUGCGACUGUCGAGGGCAUCGACCGAAUUGUCUUUCGAGAGCUCCUGCACAGCACCUUCGACAUUGUGACCGAGGAGAUAUUAAUGGAGCGCAUUUUCUGUAGCUGGGACAAGGCACAUGAGGGUCUGCCGCUACGCCUGGAGGGCUGGCUAAUCGGAUUAUCCACCUUCCUUCGUGGCACACCCGCCGAACGGGCGGCCUUCUGUUUUCGCGUCUAUGAUCUGAACACGGAUGGGUUCAUUACCAAAGAUGAGAUGUUCACGCUUCUGCGCAAUUGUCUCAUCAAACAGCCACAAGAUGAGGAUCCCGAUGAGGGUGUCAAGGAUUUGGUGGAGAUCGUACUAAAGAAAUUCGAUCUAGAUAAGGAUGGCAAGGUUUCUUUGGAGGAUUUCAUGGGCACCGUCGCUGCGGAGCCUUUGCUAAUCGAGGCCUUCGGCCAGUGCCUGCCGACAGACAGUGCCGUGGUUUCAUUUUUCUCGACGUUGCAGGUCUAA